AUGGCUAUGGAACGCAAGCUGAGUCUACAUUCAGGCUUAAAACAGUUGAAUGAAGGCCGCAUUAAGUGUGAUUUCAACUUGAAUUGUGCGUGUCAGCCCAGUGCCACAGAGACGCGUGAAUUCCGAAAGCGAUGGUUGUUAUUGACAGAUCGUGAACGUGUUACGGCACUAAGUGGAGAUGCAAAUCAGUUUUUGAAGACAGCAACGGACCUGUUGCUGUGUCCUGGCUGUCGUAACAGUGCAGAAGCGCUUUUCUAUAAACUAGUGGACGGUAUUGUCCGAUUGCCACAAAUUGUCAGUCGAUCGGGUCUUUGUUUUGACAAAGACAAUCACUUUCGACUUAGCGAGUCGUGUGUGAACAGUCCGGAUAAAUUAUUCUCGCUUUUCUACCAUCAAGAACAAUGGGCUAAUACGACGUUGAUGAAACCCACCAAGUCAAGCAGUAAAGCUGGUACCUCACGUGCAAGAUGUCAGCUACACUCGCAGCGGGUACGGGGUCGCCCGCGUCCUGCGGCAUUUGAGGCACUGUGGCAUAAGCUACCGGAAGAUCACCAGCGGCAUCUCUCUCAUAUUGACUCGGAUCAAUUCUUGACCGAUCUGGAGAAUUAUCUGCGACGUCAUCGUUUUUGUUGUCGAUGUAAGGAGAAGGUAUUAGAGGCAUAUGAUUUGCUUGUUGGGUCGAGUUGUAGUGAGGAUGACUGCGAGGAUUGUGGGGGCUUCGAAUGCGCGGAGAAACAUCACGAACACAGCGAUUAUGGCGAUGAUUUGCACUACACGUCGUACUUGUUCGAUGAACUUGCAUUUUCGCGCGCUACGAAUCAGAUUAUCGUGCCUUGUAAUAUUGAGUUUAUGUUGCAGUUGAUGUCUCGAGCAGACCAGGAGGUUGCAGGUGAUUAUUGGGGCGAUCGUCAUGCACGUACAAUCGCCGAAGCACAGGACGAAGUUCUAAUGUGUCUGGGCAUGGUAAUUUGGGACAAGAUGCAGAGCCUAUGGACCAAGACUCGAACAGAAAAGCGCUCAGAAGAAUUAGUGGUGCACUGCGCUUUGUCUACACUACGUCGUAACUUUGACGUGGCCUUGGAGGCGCUGCAUGGCGAGGCGAUGAUCGAACAGCUGCUGGCAGAGGAAGAUGAUGAGUCUCGGAGAAUGGCAAAGAAAAAGGAGAAGCGAAAGGAGAAAAAGAAAAAGCGCAAGUCAGUAACAAAACUGAAGCAAAGGAGUCGAUCAGAGUCGGAGAAGAGUUGUCAGUGCGAGAAACAAAAGCCCAAGCCGACCAAAGCGCGUAAGCAAUCUGAUAGCAGCAAGACCAUGACGUCCCAAUCGUCCACCAACUCACUAAGUAGUCAAGAGGACGAUGACGAUCUCACCAGUUGCAGUAGAUCCACAGAUGUGAUGGGAACGCAUCAGUGUGACUCGACUUGUGAUGAGCCGUGUGAGCGUGGAACGUUGACAUACGACGAGCGUAUGGAAUGGCAACUACUGUCGUCUAUGGGAUGGAAUGCGUCUAACCAAAUUACACCAUCCUUGCCGGAGUUGGAUGUGGAUACGGAUGACGAAAACCAUGGUAUUCCUGAAGAUGAAAUUCGUUUCUGGAAACAGAACCGCUCGAGUCUUGUUCGGCGACGAAUGGCUCAACGGCAGGAACUCCAGGAACGUUUCGACCAGUUUGUUUUGCGCACGACAUCUCUCGACGGGUAG